AUGGUCGGGAGGUACUUGCUGGUGAUGGCAGGAGUGAUGCUUUACUUCCUCCCUGCUCUUUCUCAAACAUUGGUCAAGAGGCUGGAAAAGACGGAAAUCUCCACGCUUUUGAGUCAGCUGCAAAAGAAUUCCACAAUUUCAUGCAUAGCUGACAGAGAAGACUUCCAAUUUCCUUUGAAAAGGGAAGAUCUCAUGCAGAUGCGGAGGGAGCAGUUCACCUGCUUUCAACAACUGAUGCUCGAGCAGAUCUUCGCGCUCUUCAGCACCGAGUACAGCCUGGCUGCCUGGAACCAAAAUCUUCUGAAGCAACUACUCUCUAAUCUUUAUCGCAGCCGGAAAAACCUGGAACCGGUAGAACAGAGCAGCCUGGCAUGUCACUCUUUUGGAAUUGCUCUGAGGAAGUACUUUCGAAGAAUCCACCUCUAUCUGAAACGAAAGAAAUACAGUGACUGUGCCUGGGAGGUUGUCAGAGUGGAAAUCAUGAGAUCCUUCUGGCUGUCAACCACCACAUAA